AUGACUCUGCAGGUUGCCAUUCCCAAUUUGACGGGUCUGAUUUUGUCCUCCAUUAACAUACAUAAGAUAUGGCACCACCCAUCUUCCUCAUCUCUCACGCACUUGUGGAACUUUCGGGUGGAAGGGUGUCACUAUUUGAAAUACCUGUUUCCGUCUUUCUUAGUAAAAGAUCUUGUGCGACUCUACAUGCUUGAAAUAAAGGACUGUAAUAUGAUGGAACAAGUAAUCUUUACGGAUGGAUUGGCUACAGAAGAUCAAUGGAGGAAUCAUACGAUUUUCUCUAAACUAAAGUGGCUGUCGCUAGAAGACCUUCCCAAACUCAAAGAUACCUGCUUUGAAACUGACUUUGAAUUCCCAUGCUUAGAACGUUUAACACUAACAAAUUGUCCUCUGCUGAAAACAUUCAUCUCUAAAUCUGUCUCUGGAGAUGAACCUCCAAUUCACCAACCUACACAAACAAAUAACUCCGCUGUCCUCAAUGAAGAGGUUGUUUUCCCUCAUUUGGAGAACUUGCACAUUCAUAAUUGUGAUUCGUUAGAAGAAAUAAUUGAGCUGCAAGGACUCACUGCCAAUGAAUCACAGUCAACAUCAGCUACUCGGUCUACUAUGGCAGAAACAGUGACGACCAAGUUUGUAUUUCCCCAUGUAAAGCACCUUGGACUGGAUAAGGUGCGAAGUUUGAAUAUGCGUACCACGCAAUGGCCAUCGUUGGAACAAAUGGAGGUUAUUGAAUGCCCCAAAGCACAGAUAUUUGGUGAGGUUGAAAUCCCAAACCAACAACCCUUGUUUUGCGUCAAUGAGGACACUUUCCCUGUUUUACAAGAAUUAACACUGAAGACGAGUGAUAUGAUGAAGGGGAUAUGUGAUGGACAACUCUCAUUGCAGUGUUUCCCAAACCUCGAACUUCUUAACCUCCAAUUCUUUCUUGAGGCAUCCACUACUCUUCCAUAUUCUUUCAUUCAAUCACUACCAAAGCUUCAGAAGCUUUUUAUAAGCAAUGCUUCCAUUUCUGAAAUAGUCCGGUCUGAAGGACUCAGCAACAAGGAAAGACAUACAUCAGCAUUCUCUCAGUUAAAGGAAUUAAGCUUGUCUGGACUUCCAGAGUUGGCAUUAAAGACUUUGUUUGAAGGACUCAUCAAUGAGGAAAGGCACACAACGGCAUGCUAUCAGUUAGAGGCGUUAAGGUUGUCUCAACUUCCAGAGCUUACAGUAAUGACUUUAGAGCCAUUUUUGUUGUCUUUCAAAAAUCUAUUAAGUAUGGAAGUUUCAAGAUGCCAUGGAUUCAUCAAUCUAAUGGCAUUCUCGACAGCUAAGACCCUGACGCUACUAGAAAGAUUGAGCAUAGCUGAUUGUGAGUUGAUAGAAGAAAUCAUAUCAUGUGAAGAGACGGCCAACAGCGGAAGACCAUCUGAAAGAGCCUUCCAAGCAAAGGCCAAAGAGAGCUCCAAAGACAAGCCGAAAGGAAGGAAGCCUUGGCUUGACAAGAGGGAUAAGCUAAAGAGAGACUCAGCAAGAGGAAGUUUCCACCAUGUGUCCAUUGCAAGAAGACCACACAUUCGAAAGGUUUUCUUUGGUUCGGGCCGGACAUCCAAUGUAGAAGCGCAAGCGAAUCUGUUGAGUGUUGGUCAAUUGGUUGAAAAAGGGUAUUCCCUAGUUUUCAAGAAUGAUUCAUGUGUUAUUAAGGAUUUGUCAUGGUCAAGAAAUAAUUGA